AUGGGAAAAAAAAGUCCAAAGAGUUCGAGCGAGUUUUCUUUCAUAAAAAUUACAUUGAGGACGCUACUCAAUCUGAUUCUCUCUCUCUCUCUCUCUCUCUCUCUCUUUCUCUCUCUCUCUCUCUCUCUCUCUCUCUCCACUUCUAUCUAUCUAUCUAUCUAUCUAUCUAUCUUUCUUUCUUUCAUUUUCUCACUGAAACCAUUAUUUAUGAGAACCCUGAACGAUGGAAAGCUCCUUGCAAAGUUAAGUUGCGGAGACGUUGUUGCCCUGGAGGUUAAGUACCACCUUCGAUGCCUCCAAAAGUUGUACGAUGCUGAAAGAGCGUACCUCAAUUCCCUAGAGAAAGCCGAGAGUAGUGAUCCAGGGAAGGAUUUAUACCCAGUAGCCUUUUCAGAACUAGUUAUCUACAUCAUGGAUAGCAAAGUCACCAACACGGAAGCAGCACCGGUUGUAUUUCGGCUUGCUGACCUAGCCUCACUUUACAAGCUUCGCUUGGAACAGCUUGGGGUUGAUUCCCCGAAUGUCCACUCUACCAGGUUGAAGGAACAGCUAUUUGCUCGGAUUCCAGAAAUUGAAGCCCAUAAGAAGGGACGUGAUGUACUCAUUGCCUUCAAAGCGGACACAGGACCAGUGCUCCAUGAAGCUAGCCAGUAUAGCAAUGCUCUCCAUCUAUCUAAGGCAGCAGAUAUCCUGAGAAAAGAAAUGCUCCAGCACAAGACAAAAUUCAGCAGCGAGCUCAAAGAUGGCUUUGGUGAGGAGGCUAUCCCACCUGCACUUCUUCAGGUAUUAGAGAUAUCCGGCAAGCUUGGUGAAACUGUCAUAAAACAGUAUGUUGAAGAAGAUGUUGUGUGCCAACCAGUGCUGCGUAAAGGGCUGUUCACUACGGCCGCUGUCGACAACAUUGAUCACAAUCACACGGCCACCACAGCUAGCACGUCAUUCCAUGGUAAAAGUAUUUCCAUGUUCCAGCACCCAAGUAAGGAAAACAGAGGAGAACAGCAGGUUUCACCGGAAAUAACAGACAGUAGGACAAGAAAGGUUCCUGAGCUUCCAGAGGAUUAUACAAACAUCGCGCCAGUCUACUUCAAGAAGAACCCAACCCCUGCCUCAGUAGAUGAAGUAUCACUGCCUGACCCCAGUCUCUUCCAAAGGAACAUCAGAGUCGAAUACGAAUGGUUGGAAAAAGUUCAACGUACCACCGAUGUAGAUGAUGAAUCCAAUAUAACAUGGUCAGCUCAUCAUACGAGCCAGAAACGGACAAGCGAAUGUGAAACCAGCAUCACUUCCUUGCUACCUCUUCUCCGAGAUCAAGCUCACAGCGUUGCCACAAUAAAGCAUGCCAUGAAGAAAGUAAGGGAAGUUGUAGCAUUUCUUAACCCAGGGCAAACUCCCGUCCUAGCAGCUGAUCAACCACUCUAUGCCAUGGCAAAAGAAAUACAGUGGCCAGAGGAAUAUGGAGAAGACAAGUUUGUGAUCAUGUUUGGUGAGCUUCACAUUGAGAUGACAGCACUGAAAUCUAUUGGGUCAAUGCUAGCAGACAGUGGAUGGACAAGUGCACUUGUUGAAGCUGAUGUAGCCUCUUCCAGAACUGCAGAUUCAUUCCUGUUGGCAACCAAUGUCACUAAAACACGUCAAGCACAUCAGGUCACAGCAUGCAGUUUGUUUCAGCUCCUGAAGAAAGUCUACAGUUCGUACCUUGCCGAACAUUCUGAUGGCGAUGAGGAGGCCUUCAGCUUUGUGGAAUGGUGUGAUAGUCGAAAGAAGGAGAGUCCACAGUCCGCAUUUUGGUUCUCUAUCCUGAACAUGGAAUUGACAAUCUUAACACUGGUGCGAGCAUUUAGAGAAGGGAAUUUCAAUCUGUAUCGAGAAUCACUGUCGGAACUGAUACCCUACCUCUUUGCCAACAACAAUGUCAACUAUGCAAGAUGGCUUCCUAUUCAUCUGCGUGAUAUGAUAUCGUUAGAGAAGCAGUACCCCGAGGUCGUCAGAGAAUUCCACAAUGGGAAUUUCGUGUUUCAUAAAAUUGACAGGAAUUUCUCCGCAAUGGCAAUCGACCAAGCCCAUGAACAAAACAAUGCCGUUAUCAAAGGGGAGGGGGAGCUGUUUGUCUGA